AUGUUAUCGGCGUUCGAGGUCAGCUUUCGUCACCAGACUCUUGCUCGCCCGAAUUGGAGAAGUGUAACGCCCAAGAGGUCAAGGGUCAAGACAGAAUCUGGCGACUGCUCUCAGGACAGGGAAACCCAACACGAAUAUAUAGUCCUAGAAUUAAAUUUGACAGUGCCGGUUGGUGCCAGGCAGUGCCAGCUGAUCAGGAAGAACAGGAACAUAAGACUAGCCCCAAGUACAAACGCCCGACUGGACCAAGCAAGCCGUAACGACAACGAGAGACAAGUAACGAGAAAAAGCCAUUCCCCAACUUGUGCCAUCCCACACUCCUCGCAGCCACCAUGUCACAGCGCCACCAGCAAACGACCACGCCAUCACCACCAUCACCACCUCCACGAACACACCAGCAACAACCCUUACCAUUCACUACCAUCAUCAGAACAACCGCUAUCGCCGCGCCUGCCAACCACCAUGACUAACACCACAACCCACCACUGCAGUCUAAACACUACUAAACGUCAGCACCGUCAGACAAACCAGUUGCACCAAAGCCCCUCCACCACCACCGCCCUCCACCAUUCCACCACCAAAGCCCUCCCGCACACAGCACUAAACCCUCACCGCCAUCACCACCAUCACCACCAAAGGCCCCUCCACCACCAAGCCCCUCCGCCACCAGCACUAAAACCCUCCACCAUCACCAUCCCCUAUCCCACCACCAAAGCCCCUCCACCACCAAAGCCCCUCCGCCACCAGCACUAA